AUGCCGCGAAAUUAUAAGGCUUUUCAUGAUAUGCUUGAAAAAAGUUCGGAUUGUUAUAGAUCAAAUUCAAUUGAAUUGAGAAUGAUUGAACAAUUUCGAAUGACAUACACGAUUGAUAAAGCUGCUGAAUGGUAUACAGAUGAUUCAUUUAUCUAUCGAUUAAUUGAUAAAGCAUUGAGAACAGAAGAUAUUGAACUUCUUUAUCUAUUUCGAUUCUACAUUGUCGAUUUGUGUUCACAAUUGGAAUAA